AUGGUGAUGGGGAUUUGGGGACACGGGGCCACGCCGGGCCACGUUGUCCUUGACCGGUGCCACGUCUUCUGCUACGACCCCGCGGGGCUGCCGGCCGCCCCCCGCCCGCCCCGGCUCUUCCAGGACCCCUCGUGGCUGGCGGACUGGGGCCGCUUCGGCUGCACCGCCACCCCCUGCGCCCCGCCGGCGGGCGAGGAAGGGCUGGUGCCCGCCGAUGCCACCUACGCGCUGCGGCCGGCGGCGGGGCCGCGGCGGGGGGACAGCCGCCCGCAGACCCUGCUCCUCUUCCUCUUCAUGCGGCACCACGACCCCUUCCAGCCCUACGACGCCGGCACCCGCCGCCUGCUGCUGGCGCACGCGGAGCCGCUGCUGCUCGGCAGCCGCCGGGCCCUGACCCGCGGCGUCCGCGCCCUCGUCCACCCGCUGCUGGAGGCGCUGAGCCGGCGGGAGCAGGGCCAGGAGCGGCUGGCGCGGGCGCUGCCGGUGGCGUUGGCCGCGGUGGGCGCCGUGGUGGCCGGCAGCACCAGCGCCCGCUUCCGCCGGCGGUGCCUGCGCAUCAUGCAGGUCGCCGACACCCCUGC